AUGAAUUCAACCCAAUCCUUUUUGCUGGGAUUAUCACAACAAUAUAUUGUUAAUUCCUAUUUACAGGUCGAGGCGAAUAAUUUAAAUUUUAUUAGACAAAAUCAGCCAAAAUUACGAGUAGAUGAAUAUUCUGGAUUAAUGGACUACUUGGAAACAAAGUCAAACAAUAUAAUUCCCGGCAAAGCAGUAAUAUUACCAUCAUCUUUUCAAGGUUCUCAAAGAAAUAUGCGAGAACGCUAUCACGAUGCAAUGGCCAUUGUGCUCAAAUUUGGCAAACCUGAUUUGUUUAUUACUUUUGCAUGCAAUCCUAAUUGGCUUGAAAUUAAGGAAAAUCUAUUUCCCGGGCAAAGUCCUACAGAUAGACCAGAUUUAAUAGCCCGUGUUUUUAAAUUGAAAUUAAAUGAAUUAUUGUUCGAUAUAAAUAAAAAAAAUUUAUUUGGUAAAUCUAUGGCUUUUAUAUAUACAAUCGAGUUCCAAAAAAGAGGUUUGCCUCAUGCCCAUAUACUUAUUAUUUUAAACGAUGAUAGCAAAAUUGAAACAUCUCAAACUAUAGAUAAAUUUGUUUGUGCCGAAAUGCCAGAUAAAAUUCUCGAUCCUAAACUUUUUCAGAUUGUUACCCAUUUUAUGAUACAUGGUCUUUGCGGGAUAUUUAACCCCAAAUCGCCUUGCAUGGAAAAUGGCAUAUGUACCAAAAAAUUUCCGAAGGAUUUUCAAAUGGAAACAAGACCAAAUAUUGAUGGGUAUCCAUAUUAUAAACGAGAUAAUGGUAUUACAAUUCUUUCCGGUAAACCUACGGAUAAUCGUUAUGUUAUUCCAUAUAAUCGAUAUCUAAUGUUAAAAUUCAAUGCUCAUAUUAACGUGGAAAUUUGUACAUCUAUUAAAUCGGUAAAAUAUAUCUUUAAGUAUAUUUAUAAGGGCUAUGACUGUACUAAUGUUGACAUUAAUGUUGCUUCAAAUAUAAAUAUUCAUGACGAAAUUAAAUCACAUUUAAAUGCGCGAUAUGUGAGUGCAUGUGAAUCAAUGUGGAGAUUAUUAGAAAAUAAUAUGCAUGACCGCUCGCACGCUGUUAUUCGCUUAGGAAUUCAUUUACCUUUACAACAGCCAGUAUAUUUCACUGCUGGACAUGAAAGAGAUGCUUUAUUGAGAUCAGAAAAUAAACAUACUACUUUAACGGCAUGGUUUGAGUUAAAUAAGACAGAUCUAAAUGCUAGACAAUAUCUUUAUGGGGAAAUACCUUAUCAUUAUGUGUUUACAAAUUACCAUUGGAAACUAAGAAAAAAACGAUUAAAUGUAAUUUCGAGAAUGUAUUCCGUUCAUCCUAAUUCUGGUGAACGAUUCUUCCUUCGAUUAUUAUUACUUCAUGUUUGCGGGGCUACAAGUUUUGAUUAUUUAAAAACUAUUAAUGGAAUUUUAAUGAGUACUUUUAAAGAGGCAGCUAUUAAAAGAAAUUUGUUAUCAGAUGAUAAAGAGUGGGAAUCAUGCUUAGAAGAGGGAUCAAUAUAUCAAAUGCCGUCACAACUUCGGAGUACUUUUGCCUUUAUCUGCAUUUUUUGUCAGCCUGAAAAUCCUGCAUAUCUAUGGAAUAGGUUCAGAUUUAUGAUGAUUGAAGAUUAUUUGCGUCAAUAUUCAGAAGUAAUUGCAAUAAACAUGGCUUUAAUGGACAUUGAAAACGUUUUUCUUGAUCAUGGUUUAUGCUGUCAAAAUUUUGAUCUUCCUUCACCUACAAAAAUCCAACCAAAACAACAUUAUGAUGCCCAUGUUGAAGCUGCUAAUUCAAUCGAGCGUAUAUCUAAAUUAAACCGAUUACAAAAAUAUGCUUUUGAUUUAAUUAUACAAGCGAUUGAAUUAGAAAAUAUUCCAGAAAGAUAUUUCUUCGUGGAUGGCCCUGGAGGUUCUGGUAAAACGUAUCUUUACAAUACCUUAAUGUGUUAUAUAAGAGCAAAAAAUCAAAUUGUAUUGCCUUUUGCAACCACCGGCAUAUCCACUAUUCUUUUAAAGGGGGGAAGAACCAUCCAUAGCGGAUUUAAAUUACCUGUACCUAUCUUUGAAACUUCUACAUCCCAUAUGAAUUUACAUAGUUCGCUAGCUCUAGAUAAUAAAAAUAGCAAAUUGAUUAUUAUUGAUGAGGUCACAAUGAUGACUAAACACGCUUUGCGAUGCAUUGACCGAUUACUUAAAGACAUUAUGAAAAAUUCCCACCCAUUUGGCGGAAAAGUAAUUUUAUUAGGUGGUGGUUUUAGACAGACUUUCCCAGUAGUGCCUAAAGGCUCCAAAGUUGAUAUUAUAGAGUCCUGUAUAAAAAGUUUAUAUUUAUGGAGUCAUUUUAAAAUAAUACAUUUGAUUGAUAAUAUGCGUAUUUCAUCAGAUCAAGUUGAUUACAAUGCUUGGUUACUUAAAAUUGGAGAUGGGCUAUCACGCAGCAAUUCUGAUCUUCCUACAAUUAGUGUUGAAAUCCCACCUUAUUUGCUUGAAAAUGAUUCAUUAAUAAAAUGUGUGUAUGGUAAUUCUAUAGAAAUUGCUGAUAUAGAUAGUCUUUCUACUAAAAUAAUAUUAACCACCAAAAAUAAAAUUGCACUUACUCUCAACAACGAUAUCAUUAAUAUAAUUUCAGGCCCUAUCAAACAUUAUUAUAGUGCAGAUUCCUUUGAAAGCGAUAAUAAGGAUGAUAUAAUGAAUUUUCCACUAGAAUUUUUGCAUUCACAAACUCCAUCCGGUAUGCCACCUCACAAGCUAUCACUUAAGGUUGGUACAAUUGUUAUGCUAUUACGCAACUUGAGCCCAAAGAAAGGACUUUGUAAUGGUACCCAUUUAAUCAUACGACAUUUACAUAUUAAUUUUAUCGACGCUGAGGUAUUGACAGGCACUAAUAAGGGUUAUCGAGUUUUUCUCCCACGAAUAGAUCUAGCUCCAAGUGACUCUCAGUUACCAUUUACUUUAAAAAGACGACAGUUUCCUAUAAUUCCCGCUUUUGUGAUUACAAUAAAUAAAAGUCAAGGACAAACUUUUGAUCAUGUAGGCUUAUUCCUCCCUGAGCCCGUCUUUGCCCAUGGACAACUAUAUGUGGCUCUUACUAGAUGUAAAUCUCAAAAUAAUAUGAAAAUUAUGAUUUUGCCAUCAGAAUUACAAGGAAAAAACAUUCACACAAAAUAUCGUAUAUAA